UAUGUGUGUGUGAGCAUAAAUCAUAUUAAGACAUUCAUAUAAUUUACUUUCCCUAAAAAGUAUUCAAAUAUUAAGGUCCACCGAAAGAAAAUGGCUUCCAUUAAGCACUUCUUCCUCUUGUUUAUUUGCUUUAGUGUUCUCGUAACCUCAGGAUUGGCUGACUCUCCACUCAGAGAUUGCAGUCCCGUCUUCAAUGACAAAGAUUGCGACAAAGAAUGUAAGGAGUUUGGUCAUCCGGGAGGCUAUUGUGGGCCUGAUGGAGCCCAACCACUGUUAAGCAUGUGUUACUGCAAGGAUCGUUGAUUAAAGAGCUAUUAAAUGCACCCUAAAAUAAAAGUAAUGAUAACGGGACUAAGCGUUGGAUGUAUUGUUCGUCUGCUUCUUAUUUGAAUAAAUUUCAUCUCGUAA